CGUGCUUGCCCCCCUGUUUAUCCUAUCCGUAUUAACAUAAUUCCCGGUUCUAUCUACAUAGCGAAUGUGACUGCGCAUACUACCGGAGAAUUAUUAGUAGAAACAUUAAAAAAUUAUGUUGGAAAUGAAUCAUCUUAUAAACUAAUAUAUCAUAAUAAAGAAAUAUUAAAUUCGGAAACGCUUGAAGAUAUUGGAGUAAGGGAGGGUGGUUUAAUAGAAGUAAAACAUGAUAUUGAUGAAAAUCAAACAGACAAAAAUAUAUUAGAAGGAUCUUUAAUAGAUCUUUCGGAAAAUAAUUUUUUAAUCUUUGUUAAAACGCAGACAGGUCAAACUAUAGAUUUAUACGUAACAGAGAAUGAUACCAUCUAUAUAAUUAAGUUAAAAAUUCAAGAUAAAGAAGGUUUUCCUGCUGAUAAAGGACGUAUUAUCUUUGCUGGUAAAGAAUUAAAAGAUGAACAUACUUUAGAGUAUUAUAAUAUCAAAAAUGAAGAUUCUUUACAUCUUGUGGUUAAAAGUCGUUCCGGAGUGUUUCAUGUGACCAGUGGUCGCAGUGACUUUGACGUAUUACCACCGCUUACGAAAUAUAUGCAAACGCCUGAAGAACGUUUACAAGAUGAAAUUAACACUGGUAUUUCCUGUAAUUUUUGUGGCAGAUUUGAAUGGGAAGGUGCAAGAUAUAAAUGUUCAAUAUGUCCAGAUUAUGAUUUAUGUAACGAUUGUAUCAUAAUGUCCAAUUUGCUUCAUGACGGACAACAUGAUUUUCAAUUCAUAAAUCCCUUGAAUAAUGAAGAUACAUCACAAGACAUUUCUAAAGAUUCCACUUCUACAAUAACAAUUUUUCCAAUACUCCCAACAAAAAAAGAUUUAUUAACUUUAUUACGUGAGGAGGAAAAGCGAAGGAUUUUAUCUGAAAAAAUUCAGCAACAAUAUUAUAAUGCUGGAAGUGAUCCUAGAGAUAUCAGGGAUUGGAUUGAUAUUACCGAUCAGAUGCAAUAUGAUUUGGUUAGAGAAUUUGGCUACUCUGAUGAAGCAGUGCAAUUAUUACGGCAUGCUUCACAACUUUAUAAAGAUGAUCCUGUAUUCAGCAAUACUCAAGUAUAUGUUCGAAAUAACAUCGCUCGCAUUGGUAAUCUUACCGAAGGGAUGCGUGCACCCGAUUGCUCACUGGUUUCCUUAGAAUCAUCACAAGCGACGACAAUUCCUUUAAUUCCCUUGCAUACACUUAUUCGACCGGGAAAACCACUUGUUAUUCUUAGCGGAUCAUAUACUUGUCCUUUAUUUAGAUCUAUAUCUCACGUACUUAAUGACAUAUAUAAGAAAUAUAGAUCACAUGUAGAUUUCUACAUGAUUCAAAUUCGAGAAGCACAUGCAAGUAAUGUUUGGCCUAUUGGAAAUAUCGUAGCCGUUAAUGAACAUCAAACAUUAGCAGAUCGAUUAGCUGCUGCGCGUGAAAUGGUCAGAUCAACUCAGCUUGAAAUUCCA